AUGAGGUCAGUCGGUUGUGGUGCUUCAUCAGCAGAAAAGUUUUGCGGCUUAAUGAAUAUGCCACCAAUCCCAAGGUGUGCACCGUAUGCUGCCCACAAUAAAGCCCUACUGAAAGCUGCCAAGGAAGUUUGCCAGGAAAGCAUGAGUGAUGCUGCAAAGGAGAUUCAUGAUAUAAAGAAUACUCUUGAAGGUGAGGUGGUUGACUGUGGCAUUUCGUGUGAUGAUACUUGGCAGAGACGUGGAUACAGUUCACUAAAUGGUUGUGUCACAGCAAUUUCCAUGGACACAGGAAAAGUUGUGGAUGUGGAAGUGUUAUGUAGAUUCUGCAAACAAUGUAAGAAACAUGAAAAUGAUGAUGAUACCCCGCAAAACAAUUCAUGGAAAGCUGAUCAUAAGACAAAUUGCAAAAUUAAUUUUGAAGGGUCAGCACCAGCAAUGGAACCCGAGGGCGCUGUCAGAAUUUUUAAACGGUCUGUGGAUGAAAAGAAGUUGCGUUACACAGAGUAUUUUGGUGACGGUGACAGUAAAAGCCAUGGUGUUGUCCAGGAUAUAUACAAUAAUGGUGAUGAUGCUGUGCAGGUGGCUAAAAAAGAGUGUGUUGGCCAUGUGCAAAAGCGAGUAGGUACAGCGCUUAGGAAAUUCCGUAAGGAGAAUAAAGGAAUGGGUGGUAAGGGAAAACUUACUGAUAAAAUGAUUGACAAACUCCAAAAUUAUUAUGGGAUAGCAAUCAGGAGUAAUCCUGGAGACCUAGAGGCAAUGAAGAAGGCAAUAUUGGCCAGUUUAUUCCACUGUGCAUCAUCUGACAACAACAAAUGGCACAAUGCCUACUGUCCGUCUGGUUACGAUAGUUGGUGUGGAUUCAUGCGUGACAAAGCAAGUGGAAAAAAUGAAUACAAACAUGGUAAAGGUUUGCCCAUUAAUGUUGUUGCUGCUAUUAAACCUAUAUAUGCCAAGUUAAGUAACAAUGAACUUUUAUCAAAGUGUCUCGACUGCAAGACACAAAAUCAGAACGAAUCAUUUAAUGGCAUGGUAUGGAAUCGUUUGCCGAAGCAGGUGUUUGUUGGGUCUGAUGUGUUGCAUCUGGGUGUUUAUGAUGCAGUGUCCCACUUCAACAUUGGUGCAAGGGCUUCAAUCAAAAUCUUUGAAAGAAUGAAUAUCAGCAGUGGGGAUCACUGUUUAGCACAGUGUUCUACGGCAGACAAGCAACGGAUACAAAGUGCUGAGCGGAAGUCGGAGGAGGAGGUAAAGAAGAGGAGAAGAUUGGUGAGAGCCAAGAGAAAAUCUAAAGGGGAUAAACAGAAGCAAGCAGAAGGCUUAACCUAUGCUUGUGGAGAAUUCUGA